AUGCACCGAGUAAAGCACAGAUGCGGCAGUAAGCAGGGGCCUGAGUUCAAGUGCACCACACCCACCCCAACUCCAACUGCAGGAGGAGCUGACAGGUUUUUCGUUGAAAGGAUCUACUUUAUAGCAUCUCCACCUUUAUCAUCAGUUGGAGCAGCUCCUGGAUCACUCUUCCUAUCACAGGCUGUCAUUGGCAUUCUGGGAAAUUUCUCUCUUCUUCGUCACUACCUCUCCCUUUACCACAGUCGUUGUAGGAUGAGGGACACAGAUUUGAUUCUCAUGCACCUGACACUAGCCAACUUCUUCCUCAUUCUCUCCAAAGCCGUCCCCAACACAAUGAUAGCUUUGGGGUGGAAACACUUCAUCAGUGACUUAGGUUGUCAAGUUAUUUUCUAUGUUUACAGAAUAACCAAGGGAGUGUCCAUUGGCACCACCUGCCUCUUGAGUGUCUACCAGACCAUCAUGAUCAGCCCCAUGAACUCCUGCUGGAAAGAGCUGAAAGUCAGAGCUCCAAAGUAUGUUGGCUGCUCCAUUUCUCUCUGCUGGAUUUUGCACAUCUUGGUCAAUUUCAUUUUUCCUACAUAUGUGUCAUAUAUAUCUAGCCAAUGGAGCAAUCAAGACACUAUGAAUAAAACAGAUUGGCAAGACUGUUUCAGUGUAGAUCACCAAACAAUUUUAGGCACAGUAUAUACAACACUAUUAGUAUUUCCUGAGGUUUUGUUUUCUGUGCUCAUCAUCUGGUCCAGUGGCUCCAUGGUUUUCAUCCUGUAA